UGCCCUCAGCGGAUACCAGCUAAAACAAUGCACUAAGAAUGCGCGCGGUUAAGUGGAAGACAGGUGUAUGAGGUGAGCAUUCCGAGCAAUUCCGAAGUAGGAAAACCAGCUACUCCAGUCAGUUGUCUGUCUGUCAAAUUCAGGCAGGCGCAGCAAAGAGUCGAAAAUCGUGGUUUAAGCGUUUUUGUGAGCCAUGAGAACUAGACACUGAGUGACAGUCGUACACAAAAAUCGGCGUUCGUCGAGUAGGUUCUCGGUUAGUCGCAACGCAAAACAACGCAACCGUGCAACAACGAAGGAACACAACGUAGAUAUCGCGAUAUCGGUAAUCGGUGUCGUUCUCUAAUCUUCCUCUGCAAGGGAAGGGGGGUGCGCAGCCGUGUGAACCCACUGGUCGGUCGGUGUAUUGGUUAAUGUCUGAAACUUUGUUGACUGGUAGUUGAGUGCCGAGAGCCGAGAGUCGAUGAAUCGAAAGUUGGUCGGGCGGUAGUGGAGCGAAGAGCGAGUGUUAGUGCGUGUGUGCGGUUCUGGUGCGGUGUGUACCCGUCCUGAGUGCCGAAGAUGGCAAUAAACCAGGACGAUGCCAAACAGGUGUUGCGAGUUGACCAGGACUCGGAGACGGACCUGCAGGCGCUGUUCGACAGCGUGCUGAAGCCCGACUCGAAACGGCCGCUGCAGGUGCCUUGGAGCAUGCGGAAGCUCCCGGACUCGUUCUUCAACCCGCCGUCCACGGGCUCCAAGUCGAUCAACCACUCGCGGGAGAACUCGGUCGACUCGGCCUUCGGCUCGGCGGCGAGCGGCAGCGGCAGCACGACCGCCGCCGCCGCCUCCACCGCGCCCCUGCCCAGUGCCCACCACCGGGCGCACAGCUCGCCGGCCUCCCUCCAGCAGACCUACGCCGUGGGUCAGGCGCAGGCCGCCACGCACCACCACAUCAAGCAGCGCUCCUACGACGUGGCCACCAAGGUCGAGGACAACACCCCGCUGCCCACCGGCUGGGAGCAGGCGCGCACCCCCGAGGGCCAGCUCUACUACUUGAAUCACAUAACGAGAACUACAACGUGGGAAGACCCGCGAAAAUCGUUAGCUGCCCAAGCUGCCGCCCAACAACACCAAAGUGCAGAACUGCUGACUUCACACCAACAAGCUUCAAAUACUUCGACCCCUGCCAAAGUGAAUGCAGACGUAGAUUUAGGCCCUUUGCCUGAAGGUUGGGAGCAGGCACAAACUCCUGAAGGAGAGAUUUACUUCAUAAAUCAUCAAACACGUACUACUUCGUGGUUUGACCCUCGAAUUCCGACACAUUUACAACAGAGAUCACCUGGCACUGGAUCGGUAGCUGGACAGUCAUGGCAUACAGGUUCUUUAUCGCAAUCGUCUCCUGCCAAACAACAACAGUUUCGACUACAACUGUUGCAGUUUGAACGUGACAGACUGAAAUUACGGCAACAAGAAAUCAGAAUGCAGCAGGAAUUGAUGAUGAGGGGUAGUUCGAGUGACGUAGCGUUGGAUCCUUUUUUAACCAGUUUGAAUGACCAUUCGCGGCAAGAAUCGGCGGACAGUGGUUUAGGUUUGGGAACGACAUACUCGAUGCCUCACACGCCAGAGGACUUCUUAGCAAAUAUGGAUGACAAUAUGGAGGUAGGCAGUGAAAGUCACACAAUGGACACCCCGGACAUUUCGUCAUUAAGUGAUAAUAUCGACUGUACAGAUGAUUUAGUGCCUUCGCUUCAACUGGGGGAAGAAUUCCCAACUGUCAUUUUAGAUGAUGACGUAACAUCUUUAAUAAAUACACCUACAACAAAGCCUGAUAAUGUGCUCAUUUGGUUGUAAUAAAGUGCCUACUUAAGUAGCCUACUUCAGCUCAGCAUCUUUCAGUUAUAUGUGAAACAAUGAAAUUUUUUAUAUUUAUAUAAAUUUACCAAGUUAAUAAGACAGCACUGACAGUUAUGAUGACGCAAGGACUGUCGACUAAUUUUCUGCAAUAUAUACCAUUUGAAUACGCUUUAAAUGGCAAUAAUAAUCAAAACUUAUAUUUUUAAAGUACAUUUUAAUUUUACAUUUAUCGCAUUUGUAAUUCUCAAAUCAAUUACUGUUGGGUAUGUUUUUCAUACAUAUGUAUUUUAUAGUUUGUAUUUUUAAGUUAGUAAUUGUAGUUUUUAUGGAGCAGUUAAUCGGAUGUUUUGUCAAGUAGCGGCGAAUGCGGUAGUCUUCAAGUGAUUAGGUGAAUAAAACGAACUUGGAUUUGCCGCUUCUUGAAAAAAUAUCUCGUCAGAAAGUAUAAAGGAUGUUUAAAGUAAUGCCAAGUACUGAAAUCAAAAUUGGAUUACAUAUUUAUUUAUUGUUGUGUUUUAGAGUUAAUUAUUUAACAAUUUUAAUUUAUAUCAUGUAUAACUUUUUUAACCUCUUUGUUCCAAAUCUAACGUUGUGAUAAUGUAAUCGUGUUUGAAAAUAUUGAAUGUUUAAAAAUUCUAUUUCUGAUUUGUAUUUUUGAUUGAUUAAUAGGAAUACUUGACUGUAUACCUAUUUAAUUUUAUUGUUAACUGUAUUUAUAUUGCACCCCUGCUCCUUUCAGGAACAGUCUUGUUGCAGUAAUCGAAGAUGGGUUACGUUAACUUGAUACAUACAUACAUGAUGCUCACACUAAACUAAUCCCUCCAUUUUGUGCCUUUAAUUGGUAUAAUGUAUAUGUACAUAUAUAUAUUUGACAAUUGUUACAUGUAGUCUUAGUUUUACAAUUUCUAAAGUACAUCAUUUUACACUAACAUUUAUAUAACAGUGCCUUUCACAUUUACUGUAGUGUAGACUAAGUGCUUAUUGUAUCAUAUUUGAUCAACUUCAUCGUCUUUACACUUAACGUGACGUGAUCUAAAGAAAUUUACUUAUCUUAGUUUACCACAAAAGUUUGUUGUUUGGUACAGUAAAAACAGAAUCUAGAGCUGUGAUUUAAAUUCAAUAAAAAUCAGCAUCAAAGAAAAGUCGGUUCCAUUACACACAUUGACAGGGUGCUUUUUUAAAACUUGUUCAAAUGUCCAUUUAGAAUUGGCACUAAUUUUAUUAAAUACGUUCUUUUUAUGUGUAGGUAAUAAACGCAUGUUAAUAGCUGCAAAACGCCAUUAUUUUAAUUACGUAGAGUACAUACGUAGGUCUUGGACCAAUAAGUUAAGCAAUACUCAAUGCAAUAGGAUGUUCAAGUCUUACCCACAGUUUUGCAGCUAUUAACAUUUAAAGAGUAAACUUGAAGGCUUAUCAAUAAGAGCAAUUGUUUUCAUUGUGUACUCUGAGAUUGACCAUGUAUUUGUUUUAUUGUGAAAUUACUUGUACUAGACUAUAAUUGUAAAUAUAUAUUGGAAACAUU